AUGGCGGCGGGACAACAGUGGGUGUUGGUGGAAAUGGUGCAGGCGUUUUAUGAGGCGCCUGCUUAUCAUCUGAUUCUGGAAGGGAUCCUCAUACUGUGGAUUAUUAGGCUGCUCUUCUCCAAAACUUACAGGCUACAUGAGACUUAUAAACUGACAGAAAAGGAAAAAGAGGAUCUGAUCGAAGAAUGGCAGCCAGAACCCCUCGUUCCUCCUGUUUCCAAAGACCACCCGUCAGUGAACUAUGAUGUUGUGACCGGACCUCCCAGUCACAAAAUUGUAAUCAAUGGAAAAGAAUGCAUUAAUUUUGCUUCUUUUAACUUCCUUGGUCUGCUUGAUAAUGAUCGUGUCAAACAAAAAGCUCUGGCUUCUUUAAAGAAAUAUGGAGUGGGUACCUGUGGUCCAAGAGGCUUCUAUGGGACUUUUGAUGUUCACCUUGAAUUGGAAAGUCGUCUGGCCAAAUUCAUGAAAACUGAAGAGGCCAUUAUCUACUCUUAUGGUUUUGCAACCAUAGCAAGUGCAAUACCGGCUUACUCCAAGAGGGGCGACAUAAUCUUUGUGGAUGAGGCUGCCUGCUUUGCCAUCCAGAAAGGCCUUCAAGCUUCUCGUAGCUUCAUCAAAUACUUCAAGCAUAACGAUAUGGAAGAUCUGGAACGACUGCUAAGGGAGCAGGAACAGGAGGACCAGAAGAAUCCCAGAAAGGCCAGAGUGACGCGAAAGUUCAUUGUGGUCGAGGGAUUGUACAUAAACACCGCAGACGUCUGUCCUCUCCCGGAACUGGUGAAAUUAAAGUACCAAUAUAAAGUGCGGAUCUUCCUGGAGGAGAGCAUGUCUUUCGGGGUGUUGGGGGAACAUGGUAGAGGAGUCACAGAGCAUUUUGGAGUGAAUAUUGAUGACAUUGAUCUGAUCAGUGCAAACAUGGAGAACGCCGUUGCCUCCAUUGGUGGGUUCUGCUGUGGCCGUUCUUUUGUCAUUGACCACCAGCGUCUGUCUGGUCAAGGAUACUGUUUCUCUGCCUCACUGCCUCCGAUGCUAGCAGCCGCAGCCAUUGAGGCUCUAAAUAUAAUGGAAGAGGAUCCAGAUAUCUUCUCUGUCCUGAAAGAAAAGUGCAAGCAUGUUUAUCACGCUUUACAGGAUAUUCCUGGCCUGAAGUUAGUGGGGGUGCCUAUUGCUCCUGCCCUUCACUUGCAGCUUGAAAGAACUACAGGCUCCAGAGACACUGAUAUGCAGCAGCUUCGCAGCAUUGUAGAAUAUUGCAUUCAGCAAAAUGUAGCUCUGACUCUUGCUCGGUAUCUGGAGAAGGAGGAGCGUUUUCUGCCUGCUCCCAGCAUCAGGGUGGUGAUCACUGUUGAGCAGACUGAGGAGGACGUCCAAAAGGUUGUGUCUUGUCUCAAAGAGGCAGUUUCCACUCUCCUCAAAUGA